UAAAGAAAUGCUCGAACGUUGCGUAGUGAAAAUUAGAGUAAAUAGAUAGAAAUUUUAAGUAAAGAUUAUUAAAUUUAGUUUUUAAAAUAGUUUUUGGAAUAUUUAUCGGCAAUACUCAUGUAUGUAUUUACAUUGGACAAUUGGUUUUCAAUUUAUACUAUAAUACAAUUUAUUUGUCAACGAUUAACGAACAACAACAAGAAUGAACACCAACAGCAAUCAUAAAUUUGUUUAAAUGUUCCACUUUAAUAAACAUGUAUUUUUGUAAUUAUUGUUACAACUCCCAUAACUUUUAAUUACCAUUCAACGUAAGUAGAUAUUUUAAUGCUUUAACGAACGACACACAACUAAAGCGGAGCAAACGGAGCGAGAAAUAAUAAAUUUAUAGCAUGGGAAUUUGUUGACAAAACGAAAAGCAAUACUGUGGGGAAACAAUUUUAAUUAUGGGAAACCGUUAAGUGGUACUGACAAAUGUGUCAAUUAAUACAAAAGGUUUAGUUGUUUUUGAGUUAACGAAUUUCCGCUUAAAAUAACACAACAAAAUUAUUAUACACUAAUAUGGAUUCAGAAUUAACAUUUAGAGAUUAUGCAUUACUCAAAAACUUAAAAUUUAACGAUGAACGAGUAUCAACUGUAACAUCUCGUGAACAGCAAAAGACCGAGAAUUCCAUAGAAAAAUGUUUCAGUCGCUUUCAACAAAUGCAAUACCUGGAUCCAAAAGUAAAGAAAAUUCAUCGAGAAGAUCACCAACGCUAUCUGGAGUCAAUGCUACGUAGGCUUCCCUUACACUAUGAAUGCCUUGACAGUAGUAGACCAUGGAAUGUUUAUUGGAUAUUGCAAGCUGCUCAUUUAUUAAAUUUCACCUUUGACGAUGAAACACUGGAGCAUGUGGUUGAAUUUCUCAUCAAAUGUCGUCAUCCAAAUGGAGGAUUUGCAGGUGGUCCCGGUCAGUACCCACAUUUAGCUCCAACAUACGCCGCUGUGAAUAGUCUUUGCUUAAUUGGCACUUCGAAUGCGUAUCGUGCAAUCGAUCGUGAAUCUUUGAUGCAGUUUUUAUUCUCUGUGCGUGAACCAGAUGGCUCCUUUAGGCUACAUGUUGAUGGCGAGACGGAUGUUAGAGGUGCUUAUUGCGCUAUCUCAUGUGCCAAACUGACGAAUAUGCCUGAGGAAGUUAUCAAAAAAUUGUUUGAUAAAACAGGCGAUUGGAUUGCCCGAUGUCAGACAUAUGAAGGCGGUUUUGGUGGUGCCCCGGACUUGGAGGCACAUGGAGGUUACACAUUUUGUGGCAUUGCAGCUUUGGCAUUGCUCGACGAAGGUCACAAAUGCGAUAUUGAACAACUCCUGAAAUGGAAUCUGCAACGUCAAAUGCCUUUUGAAGGCGGAUUUCAAGGUCGAACAAAUAAGCUAGUAGAUGGUUGCUAUUCAUUCUGGGUUGGUGCCACAAUACCAAUAACUCAAGCCUUUAUAUCCCAAAAAAGUGGAUCGAUGAAGAAGUCACUCUUCGACACAAGUGCAUUACAAGAAUAUAUUUUAGUUUGUUGCCAGAAAGCAAAUGGUGGCUUGAUUGACAAACCGGGCAAGCCUCAAGAUCUCUAUCAUACCUGCUAUACGUUAAGUGGCGUUUCAAUUGCCCAACACUCUGAAUCGUCGUUGAACCCACAAGUGCUAGGCGAUCCGGCGAAUGAACUUUUACCAACACAUCCGCUGUUUAAUGUUCCCCCCAGGGCUGUCGCCAGAUCAUUAGCCCACUUUGAGCUACUCAAUGACAAUUUUAAAGAUUUUCGGAAUCCCUCAAGUUGUCAGCUUGAUACAGGUGGAAAUCAAUACAAAAAUGAUUGUGAAAAAUCAUCGAUUGAAAGCUACAUGGAAGUAGAGGGAGUUGUAAGUGCUACUGAAGAAGAAGAAGCUCAAAUAUCCUCUGUUAGCUCGUCAAUAUCGAACUGAUGAAAUAUAUAUAAUAUUAUUUUGUAUAUUUAAUAGGAGCGUAAAAACAAAAUUUGUUGAAAGUGCAAAUACAAUUUUACCAAAUCAUAAAAUUAGAAUGUAAAAUUAUUUUGUGUCCGAAAAGUUAUAUAUUAUGUAUGUACAUAUGUUUCCUAAAAUUGAGUACCAUAAAGGAUAUUUCCACAAAAAAUUAAAUUGUAAUGUAUACGAGUACAUACACUAUCUUAAAAAUAACGGGGACAAUCCCACAUUAGUUACACUUACCCUCGGUCUCAGUACGAAAGUGGUCCCAAAAUUAUGACUAAAAUAUGUACAUACAUAUGUAUGUAUUCCAGUGCUUUGUAUGAACGAUAUUUUUUCUAUUGUCUUUAAAUAAAUGUCAAGUAUCUUUAAAAGAAAA